CUGCAUCCUCUUAUAUACACUUCAGCAGCUCGCUGCAGGCGCACCGAGCUCCUCAACGCUGAAGGGAAAUAAACGACACUCAAAAUGCAUUGCCUAUCGCUGACGGUGACUGUGAUGGUGGCGGUCUGCGUCUUCAGCGCUGAUGCCACAAACUACGGUGGCGGUGGCGGCGGCUUCGGAGGCGGUGGAUUCGGCGGCGGUCAAGGCGGUAGUUUUGGAUUCACCGGCGGCCAGGGUGGCUUUGGAGGCGGUGGUUUGGGAAGCGGUGUUGUGGGUGGAGGACUUGGUGGGGGUUAUGGUGGUGGAUUUGGUGGCGGUAAAGGAGGCUCGUUCGGUGUUCAUAGUGGGGGACUUGGCACACACGGCGGGGGAAUUGGCGCACACGGCGGUGGACUUGGCGCACACGGCGGUGGAUUUGGCAGUGGUGGUGGAUUUGGCGGUGGUGGGUUUGGUGGUAAAGGAGGCACUGUCGGUGUUCAUGGCGGGGGACUUGGUACACACGGCAGUGGAUUUGGGGGCGGUGGAUUUGGAGGUGGAAAAGGAGGAUCUUUUGGCGCUCAUGGCGGGGGACUUGGCGCACACGGCGGUGGAUUUGGUGGCGGUGGACUCGGCGGCCACGGCAGUUUUGGAACAGCUGGCCUGCAUUCGUCCGGCAGCCACGCCAUCGGCUUCGGAAGCGGCGGGUUUGGUGGCGGAAAACCUGGCAAAGGUGGCGGCUUUAGCGGACAUGGCAGCAGCGGUGGAUAUGGCCGAUGAACACAAAUCUACACCUGAACUCGUGCUGAAAACUUCUGCAAGAAAGAAGAGGGAAAUAUCAGCGAGCGCAUGCAGUUGAAAUGAUCUAAGCGGAGAUACAAGAAAAUCGCGAUUAAACAAACAAAUUUGCAAUAGGAAAUUAAUUAGGAGAAGGGAGGGCGGCAUGAGCUGGGAUUGCUGAAGUAGCAUUGAGUGUGGCAAAACUUUAAUUUUAGAAGCUAGCGCGAACGAAUGAUCAUGUUCGUUUCGGUUCGUUUUAAGAGAAAAAGCGAUGGCUCCGUUAAAUGUUGGUUAAAGUUAAGCUCUAAACUGCUUUUGAUCAGAAUUAUUUCAAUCUACAAAGAAAAAUUAGAUUGAAUAUUUUUUGGGAGAUCAGUUACCAUGGGAUAGUUCAGCUCUUCAACCAAUUGGGGGCUGCCUUUAAAUAUUUUCGUCUAAUAAGCUUCCAAGGACUAACGGAAUUAUGCUAAAUAUUAUGCUGGAGCCCUCGUUUUCCUUGGAUUAUUUUUUAUGCCCAAUGGCUUCAAGUCAGUAUAACAACAUUGCUUCCAAACAAUCACCUUGGGAUUUAUAUAUUAUAGAAUAAAUUAUUUGGUUUCCUUAAAUUGCGAAGCGACUAAAACGCACAGCAUGUCUGUGCAGAAUACAAUGCUAAAAAUAUUCAGUGUUAAAAAAAAUAUUCAGUGCUUAAAAAUAUUCCGUGAAGAAUACAUUGUUUGAGUGGGUUUGACGUCAGUUCUCUGGUUGUGAAUGUCAUGACUUCAAUUAUUGAGGAAGAUUGUUAGAGUGUUCAUUAAAAGCGUGUUCAAUGUUUGGGUGAUAACGCUUUUUAUGUAUUUUAUUGUCACCAUAGAAAUCUCAAAUGUUCUUGCCACUAUUAUAUUUGUUAGUAAAUUACA